AGCUCCAUCAGGGAGGAGGGAGGCGAUGGGGAAGGACGAGGAGGAGAUGAGGGGGGAGAUGGAGGAGAGGCUGAUAAACGAGGAGUACAAGAUAUGGAAGAAGAACACGCCGUUCCUCUACGACCUGGUCAUCACCCACGCCCUCGAGUGGCCCUCCCUCACCGUCGAGUGGCUCCCCGACCGGGAGGAGCCACCCGGCAAGGACCACUCCGUCCAGAAGCUCGUCCUCGGCACCCACACCUCCGAGAACGAGCCCAACUACCUCAUGCUCGCCCAGGUCCAGCUCCCCCUCGACGACGCCGAGAACGACGCCCGCCACUACGACGACGACCGCCCCGACGUCGGCGGCUUCGGCUGCGCCAACGGCAAGGUUCAAAUUAUACAGCAAAUAAAUCAUGACGGAGAGGUGAACCGAGCCCGUUACAUGCCACAAAACUCCUUUAUCAUAGCAACCAAGACGGUCAGUGCAGAAGUUUAUGUUUUUGAUUACAGCAAGCACCCAUCUAAGCCUCCACUAGAUGGUGCAUGCAGUCCUGACUUAAGGUUGAGGGGCCACAGUACUGAAGGCUAUGGAUUAUCUUGGAGCAAGUUCAAGCAAGGACAUCUACUCAGUGGUUCAGACGAUGCUCAGAUAUGCUUAUGGGACAUCAAUGCAACUCCUAAAAACAAGUCUCUCGAUGCCAUGCUAACCUUCAAGGUUCAUGAAGGUGUUGUUGAAGAUGUAGCAUGGCAUCUCAGACAUGAAUAUUUAUUUGGUUCAGUCGGGGAUGAUCAAUACCUGCUAAUAUGGGAUCUACGGACUCCAUCAGCUAGCAAGCCUGUCCAAUCUGUAAUUGCUCAUCAGAGUGAGGUUAACUGUUUAGCAUUCAACCCCUUUAAUGAAUGGGUUGUUGCGACAGGUUCUACAGAUAAGACUGUUAAGUUAUUUGAUCUACGCAAGAUCAGCACUGCACUUCACACCUUUGACGCUCACAAGGAAGAAGUUUUCCAAGUUGGGUGGAAUCCGAAGAAUGAGACAAUCCUAGCUUCAUGCUGCCUUGGUAGACGACUUAUGGUGUGGGAUCUUAGCAGGAUUGAUGAAGAGCAGACGCCAGAGGAUGCUGAAGAUGGACCACCCGAGUUGCUCUUCAUUCAUGGUGGCCAUACAAGUAAAAUUUCGGACUUUUCAUGGAACCCGUGUGAAGACUGGGUCGUAGCCAGCGUGGCUGAGGACAACAUCCUUCAAAUAUGGCAGAUGGCCGAGAAUAUCUACCAUGAUGAGGAUGAUGUUCCUGGAGAAGAGUCCAAUAAAGGAUCCUGACCUAAUCAUUAACAAUUCAGAAGUCCAGGUGAAAGCUGCAGUAACUUGAAGCCCUAUUUGUUUUAACUUGUUCCAUGCCCUUACCUGUACCUACGCGCGCCAUUAUCUUUUGAUCUUGCAAUGCUGUGCUAGAUAAUGAGUUUUUCCCGUCUUUAGAAUUGCCAUCUGUAAAGGAUUCACUUCUGUUUUUAAUUAUUUUGUGAACUCCUAGUGUUAAGGGUUUCGUUGCAGCCCGAAAUGUUUUCUUGCAUUUGAUAGAGUUGCUGCACUAUCCUUAAUCAAAGAUUCCUUGGUAGUUCUUGCA